GUACUUUGUUAUCUUUCAUAUUUUGCGUGAUAUACAUAUGCAUACAUCGUGGUCAAUUGUGCGUGAUCAGCUGGUCAGUUCGUCAGAUACGCGUGAUUGUCACUGGUUUGUGCGUGGUUAUGCGUGAUUUGUAGCAGAGAGGCUUCUCUCUGGCUGUAGUUGCGCGCAUAUAAUAAUAAGUUCUUCUUCUUUUGUGACUGAUAGAUUAAUAUUAUAGGCUUCUAUACAGAAUUUGCCUGUUCGCCAGUUGAUAUAUAAUAAGUUUCGUAUGCAGUAUGGGGUACAAGAAGGGGUUAAGAUUUGGGACUUUUUUCACCGUGCUGAUUGUGCUCGCGGCAAUUUAUUAUCGUAACAAUGAGAACGUCCUGCAGAAAAGAUUGCUGACCCUGUUGCACGGCCUCGAAAAACUUGAGAACAAGCAUGUUAUCACUAGGAAGCCGAAAGUCGCUGUAGGUUAUGGCGUAUGCACUGAUGUCUUUAUCGACGCGAAACACUUGCUAAAAUAUUCGGACGAGGUCGGACGACCUGAACACUUUGACGAGAUCAACACCGAGCUCGAAUUACUCAAGAGCUUCGGCUAUUACUUUCGCCAUGGGGCCGCAGCCGAGCGUUACAUGGCAAACAGAACUCUAUUUGAUGAUCUGGUGUCGAAGGCACGUUCGUUUUCUUCAUCUUACUCGACAAUUGGAGGAAAUGCUGCAGUUAUGGCGAUGCGAUUUGCGCGAGAAGGAUGCGACGUGACUCUCGCGGCUAAGAUGACCAAGUCAUUAUAUCAAAUGAUUCCACAGGUGAUAAAUGUCGUAGGUGGCGAAGUAAAACGCGACGACAUUCACCUUAUCUUGGAAUAUAAGCAUGGCGAGGUAUGGGGUCCUUAUUCUAGUGCUAGAGCAAAUAGAUAUAUUAUCCAUAAUGAUAUGAAUAAUCCAAUGAUCAGCUCGUUUGAUGCUUUUGACAAAAUCCUGAAGACCUAUGAUCCCGAUUUACUAGUAAUCAGUGGCCUCCAAAUGAUGGACAAUUAUCCAUUUCAAGAAGAUAAACGGAAGAAUCUGCUGCUGAAAGUGAAGAAACAAAUGUUGGAACGGUCGAGUUCUACCAAAAUCCACUUUGAGAUGGCUUCAUUCGCCGAGGAUAAAUUGCUAUUCGAGCUUUGCGAUCUUGUAGUUCCAUUUGCCGACAGUUUGGGAAUGAACGAGCAGGAAAUAGCAAAUUUGUAUAAUACUAUGUAUUACGGCAACAUUUCAUUGGUCGCUGAUUCGACUCCGCGUGUCGCAACGGUGUUAGAUCAGAUGAGAACGUUAUUUAAACUUAUACGCUUGAGAGGUAAGUCCAUCGCGGAUGCUAGAGAGCUCACGAGAAUUCAUGUGCACACGUUGGCAUAUCAAGCUAUAUUCACCGUCAAGAAUUCCAUCUGGAAAAAUACAAUGGCUGCUGCGGCCAAGGCGUCGCUGACUGCACAUAGACAUGUAUGCGCAUCAAGUAAUAUCGAUGUGAAAAAAGCGACGCUGAUCAUGGACGAUAGUUUCUCGACGUCUAUUGUUGAUGGAACCCGAAUAUUAUUGAACGUCGACAAACCAGUAUCUUGUUGGGACGAAAUGCUGAAAACGGAACAGGAAAAUAUUUCUAUUCAGGUGUGCGUCGCACCCGUAUUGGUUUGCACAGAAGCUAGUCAGACGGCUGGUGGCGGGGACAAUAUUUCCAGCGCAGGCCUAGUACUUCAGAUCUGAAAUACGGGAUUCAUCGAUACAACAUGAUCGUUUAAGUAUAUUAUAUUACGAAUCAUAUUCCUUUUCCCCCAUCGCAAAUACGUAAAUGCGCGAAUCAAAAUCUUAAAGUAGGCCUUUACUCAUGUUUGUAGCAUGCGGAAAUCGUGCAAACGAUCGAUUCACUUAUUCCACAAUGGUUUUUACAUUCCACUUGACUGGAAAUUAGAGACUGGACACACAUAUGACUUGUUACACAUUAUUGAAGGAUGUAAAACACUAUUUAUAUUACAUGGAAUUAAAUAAUUCUGUGCACUUAUAUGUGCAUUUUAUCAUAUUGUGACACUCUGCCUAUUACAAUUGACAGCGAUUUUGGUACUAACGUCAAUGACUGUGAACAUUACAUUGUUACUCUCGCAUUUGUAAACUAAUUUUAAUCGAAAAAAGUUUAUAUAUAUUCCAAUAGUGUACACAAUUAUAUUAUAUAAGCUAAUCGCAGUACACUGUGGUAGAUGUUUUCAUAAAUACAGUUAAUAAGAUGAUCAUUAUUGAAAUUUUUGAAAGUAUUGAAAAUUCAGAGUAGAAAUGAAUAUUUAACUUAGUGGUAUGUAAUAUGUAUUUCGAUAGUUUCAACAAUUAUGCAUUAAUAGAGAUUCUUAGAUGCAAUAUAUUGUGAUUGUAAAAAAAAACAAAGGCAAUGUGAUAUUAUCUUAAGAAAUCGAUUGUAAGAUUAAAGUAAAAAUUCUAAAAAAUAAUCUAAAGAGAGUAACGAAGAGAUUGGAAAUAAUCAUUUAUAAAAAGAAUGUUUAAUUUUGAAAAUUAUUAUAUAUACCAUCAAUAAUUUUACAUUCCAAUAUUCAAGAGUCUCUAUUAGCGAAUUCAAUUCACACUAGUGCAUACUAAAAAUUGCUAUAUUUGAAGUAUUUAGAUUCAAUGUAAACAUGAUAAAAUAAUAAUAUAAACAUGAUAAAAUUAUGUAUGUUUCAUUAAUUCCGCGUACAGCAAUUAUAUUUUUAUUGAACUUUAAUUAUUCAAAAUUUUUAUAUUGUCUUUUUAUAUUUAAUUUAUAUUUUUAUAAGAUACUUCAAAUGUAACAGUUUUUAAUGCGGCCAAUUCGUUUAUAUGAGUCUUUAUAUAAAACCUCAAUUGAUGUGUCAACAUUGUUUUACGUUUAGAGUUGAUUUUAUAUAUAUAUAUAUAUAUAUAUAUAUAUAUAUAUAUAUAUAUGUAUAUAUAAUGCAAACUUGAAAGUUUGCAAAUAUCAAAGAAUAAUAUUUAAUACAUAAUGAUACGCGAUGUACGACAUUAUGUUUUUUUUAUUAAUAUUACACUUUUUGUCCUUUGAUAUACAUAACUCAUUGAUAACAUCCGAUAAGGACGCUAGAUUGUCCAGAUUACUUGCAAAUUUUCAACGAGUAUUUUUUGCAAUACACUUUCUUAAUACAGUUGAAACUUAAGAUCCUGACAAUCAUAUAUUAAUUGUUGCUAAUGUUUGCUGAUAUUAACAUCAAAUGGAUCAUAAUGCAUCAUGGAAAAAAAAAAGAAAAAAAAAUGCACGGAACAUGGUACGAGACGGGAAAAAAUCAUGAGAUACUAACGAGAUAACAAAUAUUACUAUCUAAUGGACAAUAUUCGUUUUGCUGCAUAUCGUUAAGUAAUCUUUACAGACCAUCGCAUCACUUGUACUUACAAUAUAUAAUUUCAAGACCA